AUGAUGUAUAAGGCAUCACUAUAUAUUGGAUUAAACUAACCCAUUAACUGUAUUCUCUUCUCCCUACCCUAUAAAUGUAAUACAUUCCAUGCCAAUUUUCUUCAAUCUAGCUAGCUACCUCUCACAUUCUAAAACAUCCUAUUAUGGACUCGAAAGAGAGUGAAAACAUAGCAGUUACUGAUGCAAAGGCCGCGGCCAAAGGUAAGGCUGCAGAAGGUGCUCAUCCUACUGCUGACGUCGCAAUGAAAACCAAAACACAGACUAGAAGAGGAUCCAAGAAAGGACUAGCAAUCGUAGACUUGGUCCUCAGGCUUGGUGCCAGUUCGGCUGCUGUUGCUGCUGCUUACAGUCCAUUAAGCUCUGAGCAGAUUCUUCCCUUCUUCACACAGUUCCUCCAGUUCCAUGCUGAAUACAAUGAUCUCCCGACUUUCACGUUUUUUGUCGUUGCAAAUGCGAUUGCUGUUGGAUAUAUUGGCCUCUCCAUGCCCUUCUCUAUUGUAUGCAUCAUUCGACCACGUGCAAUAGGGCCGAGGCUUCUACUGGUUUUCUGUGACACGGUGAUGAUUGCUCUAGUGGUAGCUGCUGCCGGAGCUUCUUCUGCGAUAAUGUACUUGGCUCAUAACGGAAAUUUGGACUCGAACUGGCUUGCUAUUUGUAUGCAAUAUACUAACUUUUGCCAGGGACUAAGUGGGGCUGUUGUGGCUUCAUUUGUCGCUGCGGUCUUUUUCAUGUUGCUGGUUGUGAAUUCUACUUUUGCUCUUAAGAAGUAAUGAGAAGGGAGGCUUCUUGUUGAAUAUGAUAUCAGGCCUCAAAAGAAAGAAAGAAGCUGUGGAGAGGAACAAAAACAACAGGAGUUAUAUGUUUUCUGCUUUCUUAAAGUGUGGUGUGUAUAAUUAAUUGCAAGAAUUUCGGAUUGAUGUAAAUUAUUAAAGUAAUGGGUAUACACGCGGUGAACACAUUGGUUUUUUUUUUUUUUUUGGUACAGUGGAGGCACCAACUCAAAACAAAACAAAAGAAAAAAACCAAGUACCCAACAUGAGUCUCGGCCUAGCAAUCCCAACAAUGUCAUCCAAUGAAGCUUCAAUUACUAGGCUUGGAGGGAAUUCAGAGUGCAAACUACUCUUCUAGAGUAAUUCAUAAUAUAUUUAGCAAGCACCAUAUUACCUUCCCUAUGAAUAUGCUUAACACUCACAAACUCAAACCUUCAGCUCAGGUUCCUGUAAAUUGACCAAAAUAGUUUAAUCAGUGAGCUG